AUGGCAUCCUUUGCACCAUCACAAGCCACCUCUUCCAGGAGUGGAAGGAGGUUCUCUUCCUCAUCCACCUACUCUUCUUCCUUCUCUUUCAAGUCAUCUCAAGUUCCCAUAGCCAGAAUCUCCAAACAUCCCCAUGCAGUUUCAUGCAAAACCCUAGAUAAUGAUCUCCACCAUCAUACAAACUCCAGCAAACUUGAUAGGAGAAACGUCCUUUUAGGCCUUGGAGGUCUUUAUGGUGCCGCCGCCAACUUCGGGUCUAAUUCACUGGCCUUUGCAGAUCCGAUCAUGGGACCCGACAUCAGUAAAUGUGGUCCGGCUGACUUACCCCAAGGGGCUGUACCUACAAACUGUUGCCCUCCAUACAACACAAAGAUUAUCGAUUUCAAACUUCCACCACAGUCAAACCCCCUCCGUGUCCGACCAGCGGCACAUUUGGUUGAUAAAGAUUACGUAGACAAAUUCAGUAAAGCUAUCGAACUCAUGAAAGCUCUCCCAGAUGACGAUCCUCGUAAUUUCACGCAACAAGCUAAAGUUCACUGUGCCUAUUGUGAUGCCGCGUAUGUCCAACUCGGUUAUCCAGAUGUGGAGCUUCAAGUACAUAACUCAUGGCUGUUCUUCCCUUUUCAUCGCUAUUACAUUUACUUCUUCGAGAAAAUUUGUGGGAAAUUAAUUGGUGACCCAAAUUUUGCAAUUCCAUUUUGGAACUGGGAUUCACCAGAUGGGAUGAAAAUCCCUGAUAUUUACACAGAUAAGAAUUCAUCGUUAUACGAUAUUCUUCGAGAUGCGAAACAUCAACCCCCGACUUUGAUUGAUCUUGACUUUUUUGGUACCGACGACAAUCUUAGCCCCUCUGAACAAACGUCCACAAAUCUCACGAUUAUGUAUAGACAAAUGGUGUCUAAUGCCAAGACUGCUAGUCUUUUCAUGGGUAGUCCUUAUCGUGCAGGUGAUGACCCUAGCCCUGGUCCUGGCUCGCUCGAGAGCGUGCCACAUAACCCGAUUCAUCUCUGGACCGGCGAUAGGAACCAGCCAAAUGGUGAAGACAUGGGUAACUUUUAUUCUGCAGGGAAUGACCCUAUUUUCUUUGCACAUCAUGCGAAUCUCGAUAGAUUGUGGUCAGUUUGGAAAACACUAGGUGGAAGAAGGAAGGAUUUUACUGAUAAUGACUGGCUUGAUUCUUCGUUCUUGUUUUACGAUGAGAAUGCUGAGUUGAAUCGAGUCAAAGUGAGGGAUUGUGUCGACUCCAAGAAUAUGAAUUACAUUUAUCAAGAUGUUGACUUACCAUGGAUAGAAAGCAAACCUGUUCCACGACUGCAAAGGGCUUCGAAAAACAUCAAGAAGCACGCCCAUGUACACAUACCCUUUGCAAAAGAUGUUUUUCCGGCGAGUCUUGAUAACGUGAUCAAAGUGCUUGUUCCAAGGCCAAAGAAAUCAAGGACCAAGAAACAGAAAGAGGAGGAAGAAGAGGUUUUGGUUAUCGAAGGGAUUGAAGUGAAGAGAGAUAAGUUUGUGAAGUUUGAUGUGUUGGUGAACGAUGAAGAUGAUGGGACCAGGGCCACAGCCGCUGAAACGGAGUUCGCCGGAAGUUUUGUGAAUGUCCCUCAUAUGCAUAAGCAUGAGAAGAAUGGGAAGACGAGAUUGAGGUUAGGGAUAACUGAUCUUUUGGUGGAUUUGAAGGCUGAAGAUGAUGACAAUGUGUUGGUGACAUUGGUGCCCAAAACAAGUGGUGGUGAUAUUUCCAUUGGAGGGAUCAAAAUCAAGCAUGAAUAA